AUGGGUUAAUGCAAAUGUGCAACGGCUUGUUAUUAGAAAGAAGAAGUCACUUCUUUAAAGAUCUCAUCUCAUUCGAUACAAAUAUCUAUCAAAUAGAAUAAAAAUUAUUAGGACAAGACUUCAGAUAAAAUUGAGCCUCCCAAUCAAAAAGAUUUAGAUUCAGGGAUACUCAAAAAUUCAAUCAAUAGCAAGAUUUCGAUUUAGGAAUUGUCUAAGAAUUUGAUACAAACUUAGGCUCGAAUGCCAGAUCAAGUUAUAGAUACAUUAUAAUCAUCUGAGAGAAAAACUCUACCUGUAAGCUGAAUAUUCUAAAUGAGUUAAUGUAAUUGCCUAAUGGAACUAAAUACGAAGGAUAAUGGUUGAAUGGAAUGAGAGAUGGAUUUGGAAAAUAGAUUUGGCCAGAUGGAUCGAUAUAUGAAGGGUAAUGGAAACAAGAUAAAUCAAAUGGACAUGUAUCUAAUAAAGAAAUAACUGUAGGGUAAAUUGAUACAUUCUGAUGGUGACAUAUAUGAUGGUGAAUGGAUUGAAGAUACUGCAUGUGGAAAAGGAAUCUAUAUUCAUAUAAAUGGAGCUAAAUAUGAAGGCGAUUGGUUAAAUGAUAAUUAACAUGGCAAAGGUUUUGAGUCAUGGCCAGAUGGAGCUAGAUAUUAAGGAGAUUAUAAGUUUGGAAAAAAAAAUGGUCAGGGUAUACUUACAUUUACUGAUGGUGCAAAUUAUGAAGGUGAAUUUAAUUUUUUUUAUUUUUAGGGAGUUUUGUUGAUAAUGAAAUUUCAGGGUUUGGAACUUAUAGAUGGGCGGAUGGACGAAUAUAUAUAGGAUAUUGGCAAAAUAAUAAAAUGCAUGGAGAAGGAACUCUCAAAUGGCCAGAUGGAAGAAGUUUCAAAGGAGUAAUGCUAACCAUAAUAUCUAUUCUAGAUUUAUGAAAAUGAUAAAAAGUAAGGUAAUGGAAUAUUUUAUUUUGGGGAUGGCAGAAAAUAUAUUGGUACUUGGGAUGAUGGUAAAUAAAAUGGUUUAGGAAUAUAUUAUUAAGAUGAAUAAUAAUAUAAAAUUGGAAUAUGGUAAAAUGGGUAAAGAAAAAAUUGGUUAAGUGAACAGGAAAUAGAAAAUGUAAAAGACUCAAUCUCUAAUUUAUAAAAAUUAUGA